GGACAUAGGACAGUUCGUGGAUUAGACACUGGUAAGAACGCGUUUUUGGAUUUUUAACAUGAUUUUACCAAAAAUAAAAAAUGUCGACCUUUUUAUACAAUUUAGACUAGGAAUACAUAUUAGGGUACCUUCAAUAAAUCAAUAUGUUUUAUUGCAAGAACAUAAUUAAAUUACAUUUCGGAUCCUCAGAUAUCAGUUUUAAUCAUAAUUAGAACAAAUUUUACGUCGGACGUACCGUUUUCGAUUUUCAAGCAAAAAAACUGAAAAAGAGGAAACAUUUAUGCACACCUCCAGGAAUGGAGCAAACUCGGAUUACACGCAUUUUAGGACCAAAUUCGAAGAAAACUGAUUUUAUUGGCCUAAUUGUGACACAUUAUUAUUUAAGAAAACGGGACUUAAUCGCGUUUGAUUAAGUUCUAAAAUUACCUCCAACGUCAAGAUACUGAUGUCGACUUUACCUAGUCUUUUCCGAGACCAUGGGGACAACGCAGUUUUUGAAACAUCGGAUCAGUGGUAAUUUUAAAUCUUACCCUAUUAAGUCCCCUAAUGGCUAAGCUCCUACUGAAGCUCUGCCUUUGCCCUCACAUGAAUGAGCUUCGCAGGAAAGCUCUAGAGGUUGCAAAACCCUGUGCGGAGAACGGCCUAUGCCUUUUAUGUCUUCUCAUACUUGGACAUUGGUUGGCUCGCCUCCGGCCUUAUGCGAAGCACGAUCUUCAAUUUGCUAACACUUGACCUUACUGUUGGAACAUUACUACUGCAGUACUGUCAAUUUCCGUGAUAAAAUGAUGUGUUGGAUUGAAAAUUCUAUUCUCAGCAGUAAUGCGGCAAUAAACGUCACUCAAUUUACCAAGAAAAUUCAAUGUACUCUUGAUGAGGGGGCACCAUGGUCUAGAAAUGCUUAGGGCAUCAAAAUGUCUUAAUCCGGCACUGCACCAAGCUGUAGCAAAAUUAAUUGCUGUGAAUCAGCUACCUCUAUCAUUCACAGCAAGUGAAGGCUUCCAGCAGUUUAUGGCGGUUAUCGAACCCGGCUAUAAAAUAAUAAAAGAAGAUGCUUUGAAACGAAGACUUAAUCUUUUAGCGGAUAAACUAACCGACAAAAUACGCGAAAAAUUGUUAAAGGCCAAGAGCAUAGCAUGCACUGCAGACCUUUGGUCAUCUCGCACCCAGGAGUCGUACUUAACGUGUACAACAAACAUUAUAGAUGAUGAGUGGAAUUGUGAAACAAUGACAUUAAGUACACAGGAGAUGGAAGAAAGGCAUACGGCAGUAAAUAUUGCCAAAGAAAUAAACGAAAUCUCCGAUAAAUGGGGAAUAUCGUCGAGCCUCUCAGCAGUAGUGACAGAUAACGCCACAAAUAUAGUUAACGCUGUUUCAUCAUCAAAUGUGUUAGAAAAAAACAAUUUGACCUGCGCUGCUCACAGUAUUCAACUAGCUGUUAACAAAUCUUUUCUCAUGGAAAACGUGGCAAAUGUAUGCAGCAAGGCAAGUAAAAUUGUUGGACACUUUCGUCAUUCCAACGUAGCAGCCAAAGAAUUAGAAACGAUGCAAGAACAACUAGAAAUGAAGCAGCUUAAUCUAAUUCAAAGCUGCAAAACGAGAUGGAAUUCAACAUAUGAGAUGCUUGACCGUCUACUGGUAAAUAGGAUACCUGUAAUGAACGUGUUAAAUGAUCGCACAAAAACACUACCAAGUACCGCACAGCGUCUAGAAAUGUUCGAAGCAGAAUGGUUUUUAAUUGACGAAUUGGUGAAAAUUCUAAAACCGCUACAAGUGGCUACAAAUUUACUUUGCUCAGAUGCACACUCACCGGUAUCAAUGGUGCGACCACUGCUUCAAGCUAUAAUAAAAAACCAUUUAAAUGACGAUGACACUGAUUCCGAAACCGCUAAAGGUGUCAAAUUAAUCAUUAAAACAGAACUAGAAGAGCGGUUUAAAUUAAUCUGGAAUCAAGACUGCGAAGUUAACGCUCGGCAAAUUGCAUCUCUGCUCGACCCACGAUACAAAGAUUUGUGUGAUGAACAUAUUGACGCUAGGCAGCUUAUAAGAAAUAAAGUCAUGGCCAAAUUACAGAACAGUGUACCUAUUGAAGACAGAGAACAGUCUACGGAAGCUGAUGAAAAUUCUAAUAAAAGUGCAUUAGAGUACAUUUAUAAAACAAAAAGUUACUCUAAUAUGCAUCCUUUAGAGCAAUUUAAUACAUAUUUAGCAGAACCACAGAUUCGAUUUGACAUGGACCCAUUUCAGUGGUGGAAAUUGCGAGCAGUAAGAUACCCAGCGGUAGCAGACAUUGCAAAAAACUACUUAUGUAUACCAGCUACCUCCGCAAGUUCGGAAAGAACUUUUUCAACAGCGGGUAACAUCGUUACAGCAAAACGUAGCUGUCUUCUUCCAAAAAACGUUUCUUUAUUGGUAUUUUUGUAUCAAAACAAAAAAAUGUUAGAUUAAUAAUAUACCUACAUAUUUAUUGCUUUUUUAUUAUUAUUGUGUAAUUAUUUUAAUAGCGAUAAGAGGGUGUUUAAUUUAGAAACAUAUUUAAUAUGUAAUUAUUUAUUUGUAUCUUAUCCAAAAUUUUCACCGAUCUGAUGUUCAAUUUUUUUUAUUUUAAUUUUCCGAACUUUGUGAAGUUUCACACGGUAAGAGUAGGUAUUGAAAGCUGUUUUUGUAACCAAGAAAUCGAAGUUUUAAUUAGAUAUGUAAAAUAAUUAUAUUUAGCUUAAGUUAACGUUAUUAAUUACGUUUUAAAUUCAUCUAUUAAAAUUGUCCCGUCAAUCAAUCAAUCAAUAUCUCAUCAAUGCACCUAAUUUUUAAAAAGUUUUAGAUAUUUAAGAAAAUUUACCUGUCUGGUUAUACGUUUUAUUUUAUUAGUCUUAGAUUCUAUAUUUAUUUAUACAUUCAUGUGAUAUUAUCCAGUUUAUUUUUUUCAAUAUUAAUGUGUUAUUUUUUACUGUCAUUUUUAUAACUAUAAUUAUUUCUAAAUUAAGAAAUUAUAUACUUACCUACUUCAUGUUGAUUUAUGAAUAAAUAAUUGUUCAGUACCCCUAGUGUAAAUUUAGUCGAUAGCGAAACGUGACGUACGCGUUUGCGUUAAGUCUCAUUUUGUAUGGGUUUUUGAACAGCGCGCCAAGCGGGACGUUUUGGAAAGUCAAAAAUCUCAUACAAAAUGACACUUAACGCAAACGCGUACGUCACGUUUCGCUGUCGAAAAUAUUUACACUAGGGGUACUGAACGUUGUUGUGUGGUUUUGUUGAUUUAUAAGAUAUUUUUAAAGCUGAGCAAAUUAUUUUAAUAAAGCUUUUGUACCCCACACA